GUGAAAUCAAUAAAACUUGGAAUGUGGGACAGCAUCUAUGACAGUUUUCAAGAAAUUGGUCAAGAUAAAUUAGCUAAUGCAAAUUCCAAGUACGAAAUCAUAGAUGUUGAGCCAAGUGAACGUGCCCCACGUUGUGUCAGAGUUGAAGAAAUUAUAGAUAGAAUUGCUACUUAUUUUGAGCGUGACCAUGAUAUUUGGAAUGGUAAAACAUUUAACCAACUAACUUUUAGGCUCUUGAGGAAGCUUUCCUAUUGUGGGUUCUGGUUGGCUGAGCAGUUUUGUGUUAAGGAUUUCAAGUCCCUUGGUCAUGGGGAUUUUUUCAAUUUCCUUGAGAAACAUGUUUUAUUGUUGCCUAGCAAUCUGCAUAAAUUGUUGGCUGGUGAAGCAAGUGAAAAAUUUCCGUUGGAGGUAUGCAUGCUUGAGCAAAUGCUGAUAGUCUUAGUAUCACAAGCUUCAGAUAAUUUAUUGGACAAUGAAGUUGUCACUGAGCAGAUUCUUUCUGCAUUGCUUAUGAGGCAAUUCCCAUCAGUUAACUUUAAAAUUGUUGAAAAUGAUUCUUUGGAGAACUUUUUGGAAAUUGUUAAGAAGUCUAAGAAUAAUGUAUUUUCGAAUAGCAUACUCUUUUCAAUACCAUUGUUGGGAAGUCAGGACUUGUUAGACUGUGAUGAUUCAUUGGCAUUCUCUGCAACGAAACUGGAGAAUGGAGAGGGGACAAGGACCUCUAAAUCUAUUUCAUCCAAGGAUGCAGUUGAAGUUUUACUUAGAGCACCACUGCUGUCAGAUUUAAACGUGUGGUCUCAUUGGGACAGUGUAUUUGCCCCUUCACUUGGCCCUCUUGUGGGAUGGUUGUUGAAUGAAGUCAAUAUAAAACAGUUAUUAUGUCUCGUGACAAAAGAUGGAAAAGUGAUUCGGAUUGAUCCAUCAGCAACUAUUGAUUCAUUCUUGACAGCUGUGCUUCAGGGUUCUGCGUACCAGACAGCAGUGCAGCUGUUGUCUUUGUAUGCUUUAAGUGGAGGAAAAAAAUAUGUUCCUUUGGCCCUUCUAAAAUGCCAAGCACGCCAAGCAUUUGAAGUCACUUUGAAUAACUGUAAGGAAAAAAUUGAAGUUUUACCAUUGUGUAGACAAAACGUGGUUAAUGAAGUUUCUACUGAUAAUGUAAUCAGUGGGGAGAGGCAUUCGAUAAAAAGGAAUGAAGCUGUGUCCAUCACUUCUAGAUUUGUUCUUGAUUGUCUUGUCCAUAUACCACUAGAAUUUUGUAGUUUUGCUGCUGAUGUCCUGCUCUCUGGGCUGCGGUCUGUAGUUAAAGAUGCUCCUCUGGUGAUUUUGUCUGAGUGCAACCUACUGGAGCAACGUGUCAUGCUACACGAAGUAGGACUAACCCUUGGCAUAGGAGAGUGGAUUGAUGAUUAUGUUGCCUUCCGUUCUGCCGUUAAUGCUAAUAUGCUCCUGUAUUCAGGCAGUCCAAGCUUCAAAGAUGGUUGGUCUCAUUUAAGCUCUUGCUCAAAUCAUGACAAAAAGGAAGUGGAUACUGUUUCUAAUUCUGAAGGAAAAUUAAUUGCUUCUGAAGACACACAUGAAUGUACUGAAGUUUCUCACAUGAUUGACCGAGCAAAAGCUGUUGAUGAUUGUAUUCACAGUCCUGGCAUGCUGAUGAUAUCAGAAACUCAUGCGCAUAGGGACGCAGACUUGAUUAUUGAAUCAAUUAGGCGGGAUGAGUUUGGUCUAGAUUCAAAUCUUUCAGAAAGCGAGAGUAGCAUGUUGAAGAAGCAGCAUGCUCGCUUGGGCAGAGCACUUCAUUGCCUUUCACAUGAACUCUAUUCUCAGGAUUCACAUUUUCUUCUUGAGCUUGUUCAAAAUGCUGACGAUAAUGUCUACAAAAAAAGUGUGGAGCCAACACUAGUAUUCAUUCUUCAAGAGUCGGGUAUUGUAAUUUUGAAUAACGAGGAAGGCUUUUCUGCUGAGAACAUCAGAGCACUUUGUGAUGUUGGGAAAUCAACGAAAAAGGGGUCUGGUGGAUACAUAGGACAGAAAGGCAUUGGAUUUAAGUCUGUAUUUCGGGUUUCAGAUGCUCCAGAGAUACAUUCUAAUGGUUUUCAUGUCAAGUUCGAUAUAAGUGAGGGUCAGAUAGGUUUUGUUUUGCCAACUGUGGUGCCUUCUUGUAACAUCGACAUAUAUAGUAAAAUAUUAUCUCAACAUGCUAGCCAAUUGGGACAGCAGGGCUGGAACACUUGCAUUAUACUUCCUUUUAAAUCUAAAUUCUCAGGAGGAGUUUCAAUGAACAAUAUCAAUGCCAUGUUUUCAGAUCUUCAUCCUUCUUUGUUGCUCUUCCUUCACCGGCUUCAAUGUAUUGUGUUUCAGAAUUUGAUUGAAGAUUCACUCAUUAUCAUGAAAAAAGAAGUUUUAGAGAAUGGUAUCAUAAAGGUUUCAAGUGGGAAAGAUAGAAUGACCUGGCUUGUAGAAUCUCAAAAGUUGCAUGUAGAAAAAAAUCGUCCUGAUGUGCAAACCACUGAAAUUGCUAUAGCCUUUACGCUACAGGAAUCAGACAAUGGGAAAUACAAACCAUAUCUUAGCCAACAACCAGUGUUUUCCUAUCUCCCUUUACGAACUUACGGCCUUAAAUUUAUUCUCCAAGGUGAUUUUGUUCUCCCUUCAUCUAGAGAGGAAGUCGAUGGAGAUAGUCCUUGGAAUCAGUGGUUAUUAUUGAAAUUUCCUGAUUUAUUCAUCAGGGCGGAGAAAUCUUUUUGCGCGCUUCCUUGUUUCAUGGAGAACCCAGGAAAAGGUGUGGGAGCUUACAUGAGUUUUGUUCCACUUGUAGGAGAAGUUCACGGUUUCUUUUCCAGUCUCCCUCGAAUUAUUAUCUCUAAAUUGCGAGUUUCAAACUGCUUGCUUAUGGAAGGAGACAAGAAGCAAUGGGUUCCUCCAUGCAAGGUUUUGAGAGGUUGGAAUGAACAGGCACGUGCACUUCUUACUGAUAGUUUACUUCAUGAACACCUUGGCCUGGGAUUAUUGAACAAGGAUAUAGUUCUGACAGAUUACCUAUCGAGGGCACUGGGAAUUGAAGAUUAUGGACCUAAAAUCCUGGUUGAAAUCAUAGCCUCUCUAAGUCGCACAAAGAACGACCUCAAAUCAAUAGGUCUAGGUUGGUUAGCCUCUUGCCUGAAUGAGCUGUACACCUUGUCAUUUCAUUCUACUAGGCAGGCUUCACUGAACCUCGGAAAAGAAGAGGAUCUCAUAGAUCGUCUACGCAAUAUUCCUUUUAUUCCUCUUUCAGAUGGUGCAUACGGCUCAUUGAUUGAAGAUACAAUUUGGUUACAUUCUGAUGGUAGUGAAUUUGAUGGCGGGCAUGGACUUGAGGCAUUUCCCAAGUUGUAUGCUAAACUUCGAAUUGUGAAUCCUGUCUUCCUUUUUGCAUCAGAUGUUGACAUUACUUGUAGGGAUGUGAAUUUAGCGGGAAAUCUUAUCAGAAUGCUUUGCAGAAUUGGUGUACAGAAUCUGUCCGCACAUGAAAUCAUGAAAGUGCACAUUUUGCCAGCAGUUUCGGAUGAGGGAAACAGAAAUAUUGACAAGAGUUUGAUGAUAGAGUACCUGUGCUUUGUAAUGAUGCACCUAGAUUCUGGCUGCCCUGAUUGUCGCUCUCAAAAGGAGCACAUUUUCCGAGAGCUGAAAGAUAAAACUUUUAUAUUAACUAAUUAUGGUUUUAAGAAAACAACUGAAACACCAAUUCAUUUUGGAGAGGAAUUUGGAAAUUGUAUUAAUGUGUAUAAGCUAAUUGAUGAAGCUGAUAUGAAAUGGCAUGAGGUUUCCAUGGACUACCUGAAGCAUCCAGCAUCCAAAGCACAUGCAUAUGGAGUUAAGAAAUGGAGGGAGUUUUUCCAGGAAAUUGGAGUAACUGAUUUUGUGCAAGUGGUUCAAGUUGACAAGAGUGUUGUGAAUCUGUCUUCUACUGAUUUAAAGAUUAUUAAGGGGGACAUGAACCUGAUUUCACCAGGAUUAGUUGUUAAAGACUGGGAAUCUCUUGAACUAGUUCAGUUAUUAUCCUCAUUGUCGCAAAGGGGCAAUAAGGAAGGUUGCAAGUAUCUACUGGAGGUUCUUGAUAUGUUAUGGCAUGAUUGUUUUAGUGACAAAACUACUAUCGACUGCAAUUCCCUUUCCGUUUGUGGUGAUAGACUCAUCAACUCCUCAUUUGUAUGCAACAUCCGUGAUAUUUGUUGGGUAGUAUCAAGCAUGGAUGAUAAGCUUCACUGUGCCAAGGAUCUAUUUUACGACUGUGAUGAAGUACGCUCGAUUCUGGGGACAGCUGCUCCUUAUGCUGUUCCAAAGGUAAGAAAUGAGAAGUUAAUUAAUGCUGCUGGCUUCAAAACUAAAGUUACAAUUGAUGACAUCCUGGAAAUUCAAGACAUAUGGAGAAUGUCUCCAACUCCUUUCAGAGCCAGCAUCUCGCAAAUGACCAGAUUUUACAGAUUUAUUUGGAAUGAAAUAUCUACUUCAAAGCAGAGGAUUAUUGAGAAGUUCCAUUCUUCUCCUUCUAUAUUUGUUCCGUGUGAAUCUGGCAUUAGACAUGAGGAUGUGGUCUCUGGUGUAUUUUUAUCUGUUGGAGAAGUAUGUUGGCAUGAUUCAACUGGCAGUAUAAAUCAAUUGAAAGAGAUCCAUCGUCAAUGCGGCCUCAUUGCUGAGCCAUUAUGUAGCAAGACCUUGUGCGAUGUUUACCCUGGAUUUCAUGACUUCUUUGUCAAAGAAUGCAGUGUACUGGAGAUGCCUUCAUUCCGUGGCUAUCUUCGAAUAGUGCUGGAGUUAUCACGUAAUACUUUGCCUUCUUGUGCUGCUAGUUCUGUUUUCCGAGUUUUUCUUAAGUGGGCUGAUGGACUUAAAUCUGGACAAUGUUCUGAAGAUAUUCUUUACUUGAAAGAUUGUCUUACAAAGUUGGAAUUCACGGUACUUCCCACUGAGCAAGAUAAGUGGGUUUCUCUACAUCAUUCUUUUGGUCUUGUAUGCUGGAGUGACGAUGAAAAGUUGAAGAAGAUAUUUAGGCGUAAAGAUAAUAUUGAUUUUCUCAAUUUUGGCAAACUUAGUGAUGAAGAGCAGGAAGUGCUUCAAAGUAAAAUCUUGGAUUUGAUGCAUGCCUUAGACAUACCUGUUCUUUCAGAGGUUGUAACUCGUGAAGCAAUAUAUGAAGGUCGAACAGACAGUUGCUUUAAAAUGUCUUUAGUCAACUGGGCUCUUCCUUAUGCCCAGCGUUAUUUCUAUACUCUCCAUCCCGACAAGUAUCUUAAACUCAAGCAGUCUGGAUUCAAUAAUCUAAAUCAGCUUCAAAUUGUUGCUGUUGAAAAGCUGUACUACAGGAACAUCAUAAAUAGGUGUGGUGCUGCAUCUAGGAAGCAAGUUGAAUGUAACUGUCUUUUGCAGGUAAGUAGCGGAGCUUGCUUUUCUUUUUUGUUUGUUUUCCUAAUUUAUAGUACAUAUGGAUGAUUUAUUUCAAAAAAC